AUGUCCAAUUACUCCCGGUUAUCCGAUCGGGGAUCGUCCACGGACGACGAGAAAGAUGUCCACAUGCAUUUGCAUCCAGAUAUCGAAGCUGGCCAUAAACCGAAUCUGGACAAGAAAAGCGGCAGCUGGAUCGAUGGCCGUACGGUCUCCGAUGCCAUUAUUGGCCUUUCUGACGGCAUGACUGUGCCGUUUGCCCUUACAGCAGGACUGUCUGCCUUGGGUGAUACUAAAGUCGUCGUGUUUGGCGGCAUGGCCGAGCUCAUCGCAGGUGCGAUCUCCAUGGGCCUCGGUGGAUAUCUAGGAGCUAAGAGCGAAGAGGAAUCAUACAAAGCCACACUUAAGGAGACUGAAACACAAACUAUGACAGAUCCAGCAUCAGUUACAAGUACCAUCUCCGAGGUCUUCGAGCCCUACGAGCUGCCAUCCGAACUAGUCGCCCAAUUAACCCACCAUCUGUCAAAUUCACCCAUGCUUCCUUCAUUUUUAAUGAACUUCCAACACACACUUCCCGAGCCAUCAGAAUCGCGAGCUGUCAUUUGCGCUUUGACUAUUGCCCUUGGUUACUUCCUGGGUGGCUUUGUUCCUCUCCUACCCUACUUCUUUGUCGGUCCACAUGAUGCAUUCCUUGCUCUGCGCUGGUCGAUCGCUACUAUGGCUGUCGCUCUAUUCAUAUUUGGGUAUGGCAAAACCUGCUUUGUGAGUGGUUGGCGCGGUCGGCGCAAUAUCCGCAAGGGCAUGGUUGGUGGUUUCCAGAUGAUCCUUGUGGGGGGUCUUGCAGCGGGGUCCGCUAUGGGUCUUGUCAAGGGUUUUCAAAUGUUGGCCGAUGGCGGUGGUUCUGAUCAUGGUCACCAGUGA